GAAGAACUGAAAGUCGCAAAAAGUCAUUCAUUUUUUAAGAAGUUAAUAAAAUUGGAUUAAUUUCAGUUUUAAAUGAUUGUUUAUUAAGUAAGUUGUCGUAUUAAUGUUCAAUGAAAAGAAAACAAAAUUUAAAAAAUAAGCAUUCAUCAUUUUCCCAAUUCAUAAUAUUGAAAAACAUCUCAUACCCAUGUAUAAGAGUGCUUGCAAUGCUGCUACCACAGGUUCCUGCUCACAUGAUCAUCAUGAACAUCGACAUGAUGCGUUGAUAUCAAGGGAGCCUCCGUCAGUCCCUGUUGAGCCAGAUUAUAGUGGUUUUGACAUAGUUAAAGCAACCCAAUAUGGUGCAAUUUCCCGUGUUAAAGAAUUAGUUGAAGCUGGCUGGGACGUAAAUCAACCCGAUAAUGAAACUGUUACAUUAUUACAUUGGGCAGCGAUAAAUAAUCGUAAUGAUAUAAUUAAAUACUUCUUAGAAAAAGGUGCUGUUGUAGAUGCUGUAGGAGGUGAGUUAAAUGCUACUCCAUUACAUUGGGCAACACGACAAGGUCAUUUGAAAGCUGUAGUAAUAUUGAUGAGUGCAGGCGCUGAUCCAAGCUUACGUGAUGCCGAAGGAUGCUCUUGUUUACAUAUUGCAGCUCAAUUUGGUCACACAGCUUUGGUAGCAUAUUUCAUUGCACGUGGAGUGAAUCCAGAUUUGCAAGACCGCGGAGGAAUGACAGCUCUUAUGUGGGCUGCUUGGAAAGUUGUAGCUCUCGAUCCUGUGAGAUUGUUAUUAACAUUAGGUGCAAAUCCAGCUUUAGCAGACUAUACUCACGGUAAUACAGCAUUACAUUGGGCAAUUUUAGCACGAAAUUCAACAGCAAUAACUACGCUAGUCAUAAAAGGCAAAGCCAGUUUGGCCAUUCCAAAUUUAAGAGGUGAUACUCCUUUAAGUUGGUUGGAAAAUCAGUCUGGUUCAAUAUGGAUUGGACAAAAAGUUGCAGAUCGAGUACGUGAUGAAUUUAAAAUAUCGCAACGAAAAAGUUUAUUAAACCGUUUGAAAUCAGAUCGUCGUAUAAGAUGGUGGACGAUGGCAGCAUCGCCUUUUUUAGCGUUUUAUUUAGCCGGUUUACUAUUGACAGCAAAUCUUCUUUUUAUCAUUAAAUUCUUUCUGUUAGGUUGUUUAUAUGCAGUAUUUCAUACUAUUGGUAGAGCUUUAUUUGAUGAACAUUUGAUGGCUUUAUUACCGCUUAGUGUUUAUUUGGCAACGAAAAUAUGGUUUUAUGUAACAUGGAUGGUAUAUAUAGUUGAUGCUGUUACAUCAAUGGAAACUAUUUCUUUUUUAUUUUGUUCGGGAGGAUUAUGGAUAUGCUUUUUGAAAUCAUGGAAAGGAGAUCCCGGGGUUAUAAAACCCACACAAGAACAACGAUUUAGAACAAUCAUUGAAUUAUCAGAAAGAGGUGGAACGGGUUUCGAUCCAUCCUCAUUUUGUUCCGCUUGUUUAGUGCGAAGGCCAGUAAGAUCAAAGCAUUGCAGUGUUUGUGAUCGUUGUGUCGCACGUUUUGAUCACCAUUGUCCUUGGGUCGGAAAUUGCAUUGGUUUAAAUAAUCACAAGUAUUUUAUGGGCUUUUUAUGGUGUUUACUUGUAAUGUGCAUAUGGAUGUUAUAUGGUGGAGUGCAGUACUAUAAAAAUGUCUGUAAUGUCACUUUAAGUGAUGAAAUUCUUGAUCCACCUAUACAAGGUGUUUGGAAUAAUUUAAAUCAAAUUGCUAAUUGUAAUCCUUGGAUUGGUUGGGUAAUGGGAAAUGCUUUGUUACAUUUAUCCUGGGUAACUGUUCUAACCAUAUGUCAAACUUAUCAAGUUAUAUGCCUUGGAAUGACAACAAAUGAACGAAUGAAUCGCGGUAGAUAUCGUCAUUUUCAAGCAAACCAUGGAAAAAGUCCAUUUACACGUGGUCCUUUGCUGAAUUUGAUUGAUUUCUUGGAAUGUUCAUGUUUUGGCGUUCUAAAACCACAGCAUAUCAAUUGGAUGGAGUAUUUUGAUAUGGAAAAAAAUAUCGAACAUGAACCAUUAUUAAGAGCAACUGAUAAUUUUCAAUACGUUUAAAAUAAACCCUCCUCGCCGCCAAAAAGUGGAAUAGGUAAUAUACAAGAUGAACUUAGAAUACGAAUAGAUUUAGACACAAUUGAAAAUGCCGAUAUUAAUAUAGAGCACGAUAGUAAAAAUAAAACCGAUGAUUCCAGUGAUACACCAAAUAAAAAUGAAAAUGAUAAUAAUGAGUUAAUUGAAAGAACUACCAUAAUUAUCGCAAAAGAUAAAUAUUUAAAAGAUACAACUGGUACAAAUGUAUAGAGAAUAUAACGAUAACGAUGUAUAGCAGGAUAAGAAAUAUAAAUUCAGUAUUUUUAGCGGGAGGAGGGUAAUAUUAAAAAAAAAGACUAUUAUAUAAAGAUAACAACAUUAAAAAAAACACACACAUUUGUUAUUUGUUUACUUUUUUUUUCUAGUUUGUCAAUGCAUUUUUUUCUAAGUUAUAACUUUUAUUAAUGUAUGUACUCUUUCUAGGUAUAAAUAGUUUACCUUAUAUCGAACAAAUUUUUAUUUAUGUUUUUUUUUAUUUAUAUAUCAUAAUGAAAUUGAUUUAUGUUAAUAAUUUUUAUUAUCCAAUUUUAAAUUUAAAGUCAGUUUAUAUAUACUUAUAUAUUUUAAUGAUAUUUCAUUUAUAUUAUCAUCAAAUUUUUUUGUCAUUACAUUAACUCAAAUUAAUUUUACCGAAGUAACAUAAAUUUUACUUUUUUUUAUAUGGUUCGUACUUAAUUUACUAU